UGCAGGUAUUAUUACAAGAUUGCCAGAGUGAAGGAGAUGAGUAGGGUUGGGCAGGUAAAACAAGAUUCCAUAUAUAGAUGAACCGUAACCCGGACCUUAGAUAGUAAUUUAUAACUAGAAACAGUCGGAUACACUCUGCAUUUUGUAGAUGGCUCUUGCUAGCUGAAUAUGGAUGCUUUCAUUAUUUACGGCACAAAAACAUUAUUUUUCUGGCUUUUCUCCAUGUGAUGUUAAAUGCAUUGUAUUACUUCCCUGUAAGCUCUGAUGUAUCACAACAAGGAAAAGGAAGGGCAAUACCGUGUGUCCUACAAAGACGUCCUAGAUACGUUUCUUAUUAUAGACUGUAAGCCUCCCUGGAAGAAUAUGAGGAAACCGGGUGUCUUUCUCUGUGCAUUGGUCGUCAUCUUCUUUAUGGGGUUCAUUUACAACAAUUUAUUCAGAGAAUAUUCCAAUGCAGACAGUCAUCCAGCUGCACUGACAACUACCAGUACAUCUCCACCAACAUCUCCAGUAAUCGGCCCUCAAAGUGAAGAACUCACCAAUCUGCUAAAGAUAAUUGAAUGGCCCCUGGCUCCAACCAACGUAUCCUUGGAAUUUUCCACCAACCCAAAAACUUCUCAAUAUUUUAUCAUCAAUCCUCGGGCUACUUAUGUGAUUGGUGAAUCACUGGAGGUUCUAAUUAUUGCUAAGGACCACAAGGGUCGGACAAAGAACUAUGGAGGGGAUUUUUUUUAUGUGAAGCUUCACUCUUUGAGCCUAAAAGCCGGAGUGAGCGGCUCUGUUACAGACCAUAAUAAUGGUUCCUAUACAGCAAGGUUUAUUCUUCAGUGGUCUGGAGAAACUAUGAUCUCUGUUAGACUCAUGCAUUCCAGUGAACUUAUUGCAAUUUUACAUCAGCAGAGGGAUACUCGACCAGACAAGGUGCUGUUUAAAGGCUACUUUGAGAAAAAUGGAAUUCGUGAAGAGGUUGUGUGCAAUGUCGAGCUACCUGGGCAGGACGUCUGUGAAUAUUAUGAUCGGCAGAAUCAAGAAAAGUGGGUGUGUCAACGGCCAAAAAAUCUCCCCUGUGACUCCUACCGGGAGCACUCAGCGGGAGAAAACCGCGACAUCCUAAGCCAAGAACAGAAACCAUUCUUCGCAGCGUCAUUGAUCAACCAAGAAAUCCCAUCAAGCCUUGGGUCACUUAAUGUCUUACCUCAGAAGAAUAUCCCAAGUGGUACAAAUGUUGCAUGUAUCGCUGGACUAAAGACUCCAAACCCCUCAGGAUUCUAUUACCAAGAUGUCUGGAAAUCUCUGGUCUGCUCCAAUAAACAGUUUGAUAAUCAUACUAUGGCAACAAAAUGCCUUGCUGGGAAGAUUGUCUACAUGUUCGGAGACUCUACAAUGAGACAGUGGUGGGAAUACCUUGUGGCUUUCAUACCAACUCUGAAGAAGAUCGAUCUUCAUACGGUCUAUAAUACAGGUCCAAUUCUAGCCACAGAUGCAGAAUUUAAUUAUUUGGUCCAGUGGAGAGCCCACCAGAAACCUUUACGCAUGGAUCGUACUGCGGUACGUGAACUACGCUACAUUGCUUCAGAGUUGGACAUAUUGGGGAACCGGAAAGGGAUGAUCAUCGUGAUAACAUGCUGGAGCCACCUUAUCACUUACCCUGUUGGAGUGUAUAUCAAUAGGUUAUAUCACAUUCGAGAAGCAAUAAUUCGACUGUUAGAGCGCAGCCCCGAAACAAAGAUCCUCAUCAAAUCGGCCAACACUGGCUACCUAUUUGAACAUGGAAGUGACUGGUUAUCAUUGCAGCUGGACACUUUGAUGAAGGCUAUGUUCUCUAAUCUACCGGUCGCACUUCUAGAUGUUUGGCAGAUGACCUCCUGCCACCGUGAACCUGAACAUAUCCACCCUAAAAUGAUCGUUGUUAAAAAUGAGAUAGAUUUCAUGCUUUCAUUUAUAUGUCCUUAAAGCGGGAGUUCACCCAUAAGAAACAUUUUUCAAAAAAUCCCCUUAGAUGGAUGCUCGUUUUGUCU